UUUGCAGUACUAAGUGACCCACAAUCUAGAGCAAUCUAUGACAUAUAUGGGAAGAGAGGGCUGGAAGUGGAAGGAUGGGAGGUAGUGGAGAGGAAAAGAACACCAGCAGAGAUCCGUGAAGAGUAUGAGCGACUUCAAAGAGAGAGAGAGGAGAGAAGACUACAGCAAAGGACCAACCCUAAGGGCACAAUAAGCGUGGGUAUUGAUGCGACAGACCUCUUUGAUCGCUAUGAGGAGGAUUAUGAAGAGAUCUCUGGUGGUGGCAGCGGCGGCCUACCGCACAUUGAGAUCAACAGGAUGCACAUAUCACAGUCAAUAGAGGCUCCUUUGACAACCUCAGACACAGUCAUUCUUUCCGGCUCUCUCUCCACACACAACGGAAAUGGAGGAGGAAACAUAAACUUGGCCUUGCGACGAGUCACCUCGGCUAAGUGCUGGGGAGAAGUAAGUGCUGUCAGUUAA